UUUGUGGGAGGAGGAUGUUUUCUCCGCUCUGCCUGGAUCGCUAAAUGGUUUUGUUUUUCCCUCUGACACACGCACAGAAAGGAAAGGGAGCUUUGCUGUGAGGCAAGAGAUUAUGGCACUAGUGUAGUCACAGCACCACACACACAAACUAUGCAGGACUCGUCCAGUUCCUUGGCUAUGGAUGGCUACCCCAGCAACGUACCAGCGUUCCUAACCAAGCUGUGGACAUUGGUAGAAGAUCCUGAGACCAACCAUCUCAUCUGUUGGAGUAUUAAUGGUUCCAGCUUCCAUGUUUUUGAUCAGAGUCGAUUUGCGAAGGAGGUGCUGCCUAAGUAUUUCAAACACAACAAUAUGGCCAGCUUUGUGCGACAACUGAACAUGUAUGGCUUUAGGAAAGUCGUGAACAUUGAACAAGGCGGGCUUGUCAAGCCUGAACGCGACGACACUGAGUUCCAGCACCUUUAUUUCUUGCAAGGCCAUGAACACCUCCUUGAGCACAUCAAAAGGAAGGUAUCCAUUGUGAAAAGUGAAGAAACCAAGAUGCGCCAAGAAGACCUUAGCAGAUUGCUGUAUGAGAUCCAGAUCCUCCGGGGUCAGCAAGAGACAAUGGAGUGUCAGGUGCAGGACAUGAAGCAGCAGAAUGAAGUUUUGUGGAGGGAAGUUGUGUGUCUCAGGCAGAAUCAUUCACAGCAUGAGAAAGUGAUCAAUAAGCUGAUUCAGUUUCUCUUCGGCCAGCUCCAAUCCAGCCCCAGCAAUGCUGGAAUAAAGAGAAAGCUGCCUCUCAUGCUGGAUGAUGGCAAUUCUGCUCCACAAAUGACAAAGUUCAGGAAGCAUUUGUCUUUGGAUCCCAUUCAUGACUCCUAUUUCAUCCAGUCGCCAUCUGCAGAACCUGCUUCGUGCUUAAACAGCCCUGCUGUCCCCGGAGGGCCAAUAAUAUCAGAUGUUACUGAAGUGUCGCCAUCUAAUGCUGUGGUCAUGCAGCCUACUUCCAACAGGGAGAGAGCAGAAAUCUCUGAUCCUUUAGAUGGUGCUGAUUUGAAUCUGGAAGGCCUUCAGAUCCUUCUAAGAAACCAGCAGUAUAAUCUCGAAGCUGCCACUACUUUGGAUGUUUUCAAUCCCACUAUAUCUGCCAGUGAAUGGAAUUUGAAUGAUGUGGAGGCCAAUUUGUCCUCGUUUGUGUUUUUGCAUCAGGAUGCAGAUGCCAACUGUGGAUCUGGAGAAGAAUGCAAAUAAGAGGUCCUCCCGAGUGUUAAAUCCCCAAAUUAAUGCCUCUUGCUCAGGGAGAGACGUCAUUCUGGAAAGCAUCUGUCUGCACUUUUGGAGGAGCAACACUAUGAAUGUACCAAAAAGUUUAUCCUUGACAUUAUCAGGACCAGCUUGGCAAAUGCCAAAUCUAGCUUGGAGCCAGCUGAAUGUCCUACUCAUUCACACAAAAGGACUGUGCUAAAAUUAUAAUUAUUUGGGGAGGGUUGAAUAAAAAAAAUGGAUGUGCUUCUGAGAAUUCUAAUAUAUAUUCUUCUAGCUUGACUUUUUUCAGCAUUCCCAACUAUGGACAUUGUUGAAUUUGGGAUUGUUGUUUUUUUGAACAUGUGAAAAAAUGUUACGACUUCACAGAUAAUUGUUGUACCUUUAUAUUUAUUUAUUUAUUUUAAAUCCUGCAAAGUUCAAUUUCUAAAAGCAAACUUUGAAAAUUUGUUAGUUUUUGGAUGUACUGUAUGUGAUUUGUUUCUUUCAAUUUGCACCUGCCUUUGCAAACCUGGGUAAUCCUUGGAGAGUCAUUACAUGUCUUAAAAUUGCAAGUGUGAGUGCAGUUUGCAGAAAUCUAUACGGCCUGUGGCUACAAAUGCAGCCCUGACUUCCUGCUGAUCAAAAUACAUUUGUGGGAUCCAGCUUUGAGAACACAUGGAACCUCUCCUCUCUUGAAAUGACCCUUCCUUUCCUUAUCAUCUUACCCUGAACUUAUUAACCCAAGAUAUCGGGGUCAGUCUUGGGAAUAUGAACUCAUCUUACUCUCUCCUUUACCGCUUGCUUGCUUGCUUUGAAACCAUGACUAAUGCUAAUAUAGAUUCCUCUCUUAAUGUUUGAAACUUUGGUUUGAUGUUAGUGUGUAACAUCUGAUUAAAAGGGAACAGGGUUAAUCUAAACUAUAGUUAGUUUUGAUACAAAUGUAAUGUGUUGAAUUAUGGUUAAGGCUAAUAAGGAAAAAGUGGAGGGUAUUUGCAUCAGAGAGGUGAGCUAAAAAGUGACCAUAUCUUUCCAGGGCUUACUCCUGAUUGACAGGUUGUGCUUUGCUGGAAAUCAGAUUUAUAAACCGUUGUUUGCUGGACUUGACUGUUAUUUUUAGUCAUCUAAUUGUGCUACAUGGUGUUCCAAAAUGUAUCUGUUUAGGGAUAUUUACAUAAAUCAUUACCUAAGGAUUAUCUUGCAUAACAUUAUGCUUUAUUAAGCUGGAGUAAAGUGAUAAUGAUGGAUUCCUUGGGAGAUGUUGCAUCCAGACAGCAACUUCCUAUGUAAUAGGGUUGCAUGAUUUAGCAUUGAAAGAAAAGCACAAGCAGCGGCACCUUUCAAAACGUUUGAUGUGUAUAUUCCUGGCCAAGUCUUGCUUUGGACUGUCUUCCGCCCUCAUCUUGUUGAUUCCUUUGCCUGCCAUGUGGUCCAGCAAGGAUGAACAUGGCAUUCAACACAGUUCCUGGUUGGCUUGCAGGAAUUUGGAUCAGCAUUCCUAACAUCUGGAAAAUCAUUUGUCCCAGAAGUACCCACUGACAGGAUUAUCUCUUAGAAAGCUUGUUCCCAUAAAAUGUCCCUAUGGAGGCAGCGGUGGGGCUGAAGUCACUGCAGAAUUCCUCUAGUUAGCUGUAGAUUUGUGCAUGCUCCACAUCUACACAAACUCCCUCCAGGAUACUUUAAACUGUGUGUGAUGAAAAUAAAGGGAAAGUGAGACAUAUGCUGCUGAGUGAGAAUGCAUCAGUUGGCUUCCUUAGCUUUUACAAAACUUUGAGAGCAGCAGAGUCUAAUUUUUACUUACUUACUAAUAUACUGCAAUGCUUCUAUACUGAAACUUUAUCAGGUUUAUUGCCAAUUUAAUGGCUAUGGUUUCCCUAGAUUGCUGGCACAUGUAGCUUGGUGAGGAUACUGAGAUUUCUCUUAUGCCACCCACUCAGAAUGGGAUUUUGCAUGGUUAAUUUGUGGGGAGAGAAUGACUAUUAAGCCAGUUCCGGUCAGUAGUUAGGCCUUUUAGAACAGAAAAAGAAUGUGUUUAGGUCAGAAUUAAUUUUAGACAAGAGCUAAGUCUUGAUAAACUAUUUGUUAGAAGAACCUAGACCUAGAACAUGGUACCUCAUAUCAUAACAGAGUACCUCUCAGCAUGUGCAACAUGCCUUCCUCAUUCCUCAGUAAGCACAUAUCUGUACUAGAGAGGCAUUGAUUUUUACCCUAGCACUUCCUAAGUUUAGAAAUUAAGCACAGCCUCAGUGGUAGUGAUGAUUUAUAAAGGGGCAGGUAGAAGGAAUGCUUUAGCACCAGUGUGUGUGCCCGCUAACCAUUUCUGUGCCAAAAGCUUCCUUACUCCAUUGCAAUCCCUCUGGGAUCUGCAUGCUAGCAGUUGACAUGGACACACACACACACAGUAUAUGAAUGCACAUAACACAGUGUGCACACACCACACAUUGUCUAUAUACCAAAGUAUAGACACAUUACAGAUUGGAACACACAGCAGCACAUGUGUACAUGCACACAGAGCCCUCACCCUCGCUUCUCAGCUGAUUUUCCACAUCGUACCUUUGUUGGGCAGAAUUAUUUAUGAAGGGUAGACAAGAUGAUUUUCUUCCCUUUGCAGCUUUAUCACAAUCUGUUUAGAAGCAAUCUGUAAUUUUUGUAGAAUCUAGUGUUUGAUACAUUUUUGUAGCUCUCUUAAGACACCACUUGCAAUGAUACAGGUGCAGCAUUUUUAAAAAUGAUAUUGACUAAGAAGCAAAUUAGCUCCCAACCCUUUUCUGAUUAUGAAAAUGAUUCACUAGAGUUUAUACCCCUCUUACCUAGUUUUCUACAGAAAGUGGAAAUCAAGGGGAAUAGGAUUAUCUCUACUUCAAUGAAUUUUUCUUGAAAGGUGGUGUGUGUGAUUGGUUUUCUUGGCUAUUUUAUGCUUUCAUACUUGAAGUUGAUGUGCUGAACCUGCAAUUUUGCACUAUGCUGUACAUUUGUAAAGUUUUACAAGGUAUGCUAAUUAAAGAGGUUUUCUUUUGUCCUCAUUAAGUUCUGCUUUCACAGCCUUUUAUUUUCCUUGGAUUCAUUUCUCUGUGUA